UGUCGACUAAAUGCCAUUCGGACAGCUUGUAGUUGGUCCGCCAGGAUCUGGAAAAACAACUUAUUGUUGGGGAGCAUACCAGUUUUUGACGGCAAUUGGAAGAAAAGUCUCUAUAGUAAAUAUUGACCCAGCAAACGAUCAUAUACCAUACCCAUGUGCUGUCAACAUAGCAGACUUGAUCACACUGGACGAUGUGAUGGAUGAAUUCGGCUUAGGGCCCAACGGAGGAAUGAUGUACUGCAUGGAAUACCUAGAAAAGAAUCUCGAUUGGUUGAUUGAAAAGUUGAAGCCGUUGAAGGACGAUUACAUUUUAUUUGACUUUCCUGGACAAGUCGAGCUGUUUACUCAUCAUAAUUCGGUGAAGAACAUUUUAGAGCAACUGCAGAAGAUAAAUUAUCGGCUUGUGACUGUUCACUUAGUGGAUGCCCAUUACUGCACGGAUCCUGCGAAAUUCAUCUCCGUAUUACUGUUAUCAUUGAAGACUAUGCUCCAGCUUGAACUUCCGCAUGUCAAUGUUCUUUCUAAGGUUGAUCUAAUAGAAACAUAUGGGAAACUAAAUUUUUCACUCGAAUACUACACUGAAGUCAUGGAUUUGAGUUAUCUUCUGGAAAGCUUGAAUGCUGAUGCUUUUGGUAAGAAAUAUCAAAGCUUAAACAAGGCACUUUGUGAACUGAUCGAGGAUUUCAGUUUGGUUGGAUUCUACACACUCUGUGUUGAGGAAAAAGAUUCCAUGGCAAAAUUACAACAAGUAAUCGACAAAGCUGGCGGCUUUGUCUUUGGUGCGCUAACAGAGGGCAAUGAAAGCAUUAUGCUAACAGCCAUGAAGAGUGGGAACUGGCAACAUGAAGACGUCCGAGAUGUUCAAGAAAAAUGGAUUGACAACGAUAAUAAUGCGGAUGAAGAUACUGAAAAUGAGGCUCUUCAAGGAAACAUUGGAGGCAUGGGUGGCAUCAUCAACCGGGCUGUCGAUAAGCGAAGCAACCGAUUCGGAGCCUCUAAGGAGUUCACUGAAAAUGAUGUUCCACGCCGAAUCAUGUAGUAACGUUCAAUCUAAUAUCUAUUCAACGGCAUUCCACUCUAAACUUCUAGAAUACAAAGCAUGUACAUAAAUUUCCAGUUUCAAAUGUUGAGACGGAAAAGAAAAAAAAAAUAGCGCAAUAAAAUACGUCUUAUUCACACUGAUA